AUGACAGAGGCGGUGGCGGUGGGGUGGCGACGGCGGCGGCGGCUGUGGCUGUGGGCCUGGGUGGUGUGGCUGUGGUGGGCGCCCCUCCGGGGCCUGGCCCCGGCCCCGGCGGGGGCCGAGAAGGAGGAGUGGUACACGGCCUUCGUGAACAUCAGCUACGCCGAGCCGGCGGGGCCCGGCGGGCCGGCCCGGCCCCGCAGCCACAAGAGCGAGUGCGGCCGCUACGGCGAGCAGUCGCCCAAGCAGGACGCCGGCGGGCUGGUGGCCAUGGCCGGCGGCGCCGCCGCCCACGACCGGCUGGCCUGCGACCCGGCCACCCGCUUCGCCGCCCCGCCCCGGCCCCGCAGCUGGGUGGCCCUCAUCCCCCGCGGCAACUGCACCUACCGGGACAAGAUCCGCCACGCCGCCCUGCAGAACGCCUCCGCCGUCGUCAUCUUCAACGUGGGCGCCGGCGGCAACGACACCAUCACCAUGCCCCACGCCGGUGUAGAAGAUGUGGUGGCAAUAAUGAUCCCUGAGCCGAAGGGGAAGGAGAUAGUGAGCCUGCUGGAAAAGAACAUCACUGUGAUGAUGUACAUCACCAUCGGGACCCGCAACCUGCAAAAAUACGUCAGCCGCACCUCCGUCGUCUUUGUCUCCAUCUCCUUCAUCGUGCUGAUGAUCAUAUCGCUCGCUUGGCUGGUCUUCUACUAUAUCCAGAGGUUCCGCUAUGCAAAUGCUAGGGACAGGAACCAGCGUCGUCUUGGGGAUGCCGCAAAGAAAGCCAUCAGCAAGCUGCAGGUCAGGACCAUCAGGAAAGGGGACAAGGAAACUGAACCCGAUUUUGACAACUGUGCAGUUUGUAUCGAAGGCUACAAGCCCAAUGAUGUUGUCCGGAUCCUCCCCUGCCGGCAUCUUUUCCACAAAUCCUGCGUCGACCCCUGGCUGCUAGACCAUCGCACCUGCCCCAUGUGCAAAAUGAACAUUCUCAAAGCACUAGGGAUCCCGCCCAACGCCGACUGCAUAGACGAUCUGCCCCCGGAUUUCGAAGCUUCCAUAGGCGGGCCCCCGACCAACCAGAUUACAGGCGCAAGCGACACAACCGUGAAUGAGAGCUCCGUCAUCUUGGAUCCUGCUGUGCGGACUGUAGGCGCCUUACAGGUUAUCCAAGACCCGGGGCCCACCCCUCCGCCGGGAGAGAGGAACCUCACCACAAACAGUGACCAGGAGCCAACCGUCAGCAGCGAUUCAGACAUCUCAUUGAUUAUGGCCAUGGAAGUCGGACUCUCUGAUGUGGAGCUUUCCACUGACCAAGACUGCGAAGAAGUGAAGUCGUGA